GUCACUACAGCUGCACCAAACACACGAGGCUGGAGUCGGUUGAACCCGCUGCGGUAUGGAGCGAGACGCCUUCAUUUCAUCAAUGACACGGGCAGGACGACGACGCACGAACUUUACGAACAACUCGCCGCUCGGUGUUAUGACAAGAGACUAACUGAAGAACCAGGAGGACCUCAACAGUCUCGGAGAACCCGCCAGAGAACGCACGAGAGGUUUCCACGCUCUUCAGGAUGGUCGUCCUCGCGCUCUGCCUGCUCUUGUGGUCCUGGCUGUCGUCCUCUCGCGGUCUGGAGUUUCGCUAUCAUAACAGCGUGGAAAUGGAGCAGUACUUGAGAGGCAUCAACAGGACGUUUCCUGACAUCGCCCAUCUGCACAGCAUCGGCCAGUCCGUCGAAGGAAGAGAACUCUGGGUCUUAAUACUGGGUCAACAUCCCAGAGAACACAGGACGGGCAUCCCGGAAUUCAAAUACGUGGGCAACAUGCACGGAAACGAGGCUGUGGGCCGUGUGCUGCUGCUUCAGUUGAUCGAUUAUCUGACCAGUCGUUACCUGAGUGACCACCAGGUGACACGUUUGUUGAACAGCAGUCGUGUGCACAUCCUGCCAUCCAUGAACCCGGACGGCUUUGAGUCAUCCGCCCGGGAAUGCAUGUAUACGAUAGGCCGGUAUAAUAAGAAUGGAGUGGACCUGAAUCGCAAUUUUCCAGAUGUCUUUGUGACUAAUGCAGAUCAGAAAAGGGAGGUGGAGGUGAGGGCUGUGAUGGACUGGCUGAAGAUGGAAACUUUUGUCUUAUCAGCUAAUCUUCAUGGAGGAGCAGUGGUGGCCAGUUAUCCAUAUGAUAACAGUAAUGGAGGAAGCGAGCUGCAGGGAGGCCAGAGCAUCUCCCCCGACGACGACGUGUUCAUCCACUUGGCAAAGACCUACUCCUACAGCCACAGCCAGAUGCACAACGGAAACAGCUGCGAUGACUUACAGGACUUCAGCCACGGCAUCACUAACGGUUAUUACUGGUAUCCUCUAGCAGGGGGAAUGCAAGACUAUAACUACGUGUGGGCACAGUGUUUAGAGCUCACGCUGGAAAUCUCCUGCUGCAAGUAUCCUCCAGAGGAGCAGCUUCCUGGCCUGUGGACGGCUAACAAACCCGCACUACUGGCUUACAUGCAGCAAGUGCACCUAGGGGUGAAAGGAGUGGUUGUGGACUCGUACGGGAAGCCUGUGCAAAACGCCGUAGUGGAGGUAGCGGGAAGGAGGAAUCUUUGUCCCUUCAAAACGGAUCGGAACGGGGAAUACUACCGACUGCUGCUGCCCGGAAACUACACCAUCAAAGUCACCUACCCGGGACACAAGACAGUCACCCAGAUUAUUCAAGUGCCAUAUGGUCCAGACACCUUUUCUGCGCUCACACACGACUUCCUCCUGCAAAACAGUGAUUACAGCACGACCACACAAUUCCCCGAGUCCUGCGGCACCCCGGCGCUGGGAACCCAGGAGAGCGACAGUGCCACCCUGCUGCCAGAUGUCUUCACUACACUUACUUUAUUCCUCCUCCAAAGACUGCUGAUGCUAUCCUGAGGGAGCAGACACACAUUACGGACAAACUCUUUUUGCUUUUAUUGCACAUUUUUUCCUGCCUUUUCUGCAAAAUCGGACGGACGUAGCAAGUGUCGACUCGGAGCAUGUAACACAUCCACAACCCACUGUUGAAAAGGAUACUUCUUGAUGCCAAGUAGCAACUCUUUGACCAAAAACCUCAACCGCUUUACUUAUAAACUAGCCUUGUUUUACUUUACUUUUUUACAUUUCAAAAGUGGACCGAUGAAGACUAUGCGACUUGAAGGCUGCAUAUAACUGUUAGACGGUUUCUACUCGACUCGUCGAGCUGAUCACCUUAAUCUCAUUUCUCCAUUAACACGGUCUCCUCGCAGCUGUGUAACAUGAAAUAAAGCCAAAUGAAACCCAGUGCUCUUUCUACCUCACAGUAAAAGACUGACGGUGCCUUCAAUAAACGUGUCAAAGACAGGA